AUGUCUGACAACACCGAAUCGGAAAAAGCGGAUGGAUCCUUGGAAAUCAUAUCACCGACCGAGGCCGUGACUCCGUUGUUCAUGUCGGUCUCUCCUGAGCCGGAACCCAAGGUCGUAGUGGACGACCCCGACUACUAUAUCCAAGGAGAGUUUGUUGUAUUCCAGGUGGAGAAUCAUCGUUUUCGAGUUCCCAGCUACCGUUUCGUCAGCGAGUCGGAGGUAUUCGCAUCGAUGUUCAUGUGUCCACAACCUCCAGGUCGCGACGGUGAGGGGAGCACAUCAUCCAUUGGAAACCCUAUUUUUCUUCCUUAUACAACGAUACCCGACUUCAAGAACUUCCUGAAAGCCCUGUAUCCACAAUCUUUCGACGUCUUACUCUCACUCUCGAAAGAAGAGUGGUUCUCCGUCCUCACCCUCUCCAACCAAUGGUACUUCCUACGACUGAGGGCGGUUGCCAUCUCAGAACUAAACACGAUGACGGGGUUCUCCUCAAUCGAAAAGAUCACCCUAGGGAGGAAUCUCAAAGUUGCCUCCUGGGUCGUACAAGGGUUCCUGGAGCUCACUCUCAGGGCCUUCGAGGUUGGGAUCUCUGACGACGAGGCAAAGAAGAUAUCCCUCAUGACCACGAUCAACCUUUUGAGGAUUCGUGAAGCCAGGGCCGCAGGGAAAGUGGGUUCUGCAACCAGUGCAAUUGUGGCGAUGAUCGAGACCAAAUUCAAGGAGGAGUUAGAAUUCAUCCGGGCAGAAGAGCAAGGAUAUGGCCAAGUUUUUGAGGACGUCACCGGUAAUGAAGAGCGAAAUGAGAACAUAAAGAAGAAGAAGAAAAGACUCACACUUGGAUCUUAA